AUGACUAAUGUAUCCAGUGAUACAGAAUCAAUAAAAAGCAUGAUUGUAAAUAUAAUAGAUCAAAAUAAAGGUCACGAUAUAGUUACUUUCGAUGUGCAGAAUAGAACCAUUAUUGCAAAAUAUAUGAUUAUUACAUCUGGUGAUUCAAGUCGCCAUGUGAAAGCGUUAGCUGAACACGUAAUAAAAAGUCUCAAGCGACAUGAUAAAAUAGAUGUAGAAGCACCAAGUCUUCAUAUUGGUCAUCUAAUGCAUAUUAUGAUGUUCCGCCACCUGCAAAAAUUUGGUUACAAGUCGAUAGUUUUACUUGGAGGUGGCACAACGAAAAUCGGCGACCCAUCCGGUAAGGAUAAAGCAAGAAGCUUCUUAUCUAUCAAGGAUAUUAGCGAAAAUAUAUCUAGUAUAAAGAAAACAUUGAAGAAAAUGAUAUCUUUCGAUGAUGGAAAGACUGGUGCAGUUAUAGUAAAUAACGCAGACUGGUUGGAUAGUAUAAAAUAUAUAGACUUUUUGCGUGAUAUAGGAAUACAUCUUUCAGUAAAUCGCAUGCUAAGUUUUGAUAGUGUGAAAACUAGGCUGGAUAGAGAGCAAACCUUAAGCUUCUUAGAAUUUAAUUACAUGCUAUUGCAGGCUUAUGAUUUUGUUGAGUUGAAUAAAAAGCAUGGCUGUCGUCUGCAGAUUGGAGGGUCAGACCAAUGGGGAAAUAUAGUAAAUGGAAUUGAGCUUGGAAAAAAGUUGAAUUUACCUGAGCUGUUUGGCCUUACCACCCCUCUUUUAUUGAAUGCUCAAGGGGUAAAAAUGGGCAAAACUGAAAGUGGAGCAGUGUGGCUUGAUGAUAAUAUGCUAAAGCCUUACGACUACUGGCAAUAUUUUCGCAACGUUGAUGAUCAAGAUGUUGGACGUUUUUUGAGAUUGCUCACUGAUGUGUCAAUUGAUGAGAUCAAAAAGUUAGAAUCCUUAAAAGAUCAGGAAAUAAAUGAAGCAAAAAAGGUCUUGGCAACAGAAGUGACAAAAAUAUGUCAUGGUGACAAAGAAGCGGCACUCGCACUAUCUGCUGCAGUCUCUGCUUUUGAGAAUGAAGAUAGCUCACUACUUCCUGAUUACAUCAUAAAAAAAGAACAAGUUGCAAGCGGCAUAUCCUUAGUAGACCUACUGCAUGACACCGAUUUUGAACCUUCAAAAGGCGCUGCAAAGCGUUUAAUACAGGGCAAUGGGUGCAAAGUUAAUGAUAAUAUUAUAAACAAUGUUAACUACAUAAUAAAUUCUGAGAGCUUUAAAGAAAAUAGUGCCUCACUAGAACUGACAGAGGAAGAGAAAAUUGAGCCUAAACAUCUUGGAAACUACAAAGUAGAAAAGCAUAAACAAUUUAUUGAGAACUGGUUACCCAAACAUACCAUACAACAUGGAGCAAAUUUUCAAAAUUCGAGAAUUAUGUAUAAAGCGAUUGGAAAGAUAGUAGAAAGCGAAAUUCUAUUAUAUAUAGCUAAAGUGGCUUAA